AAAGCAUUAUCUCUCGAACCGUUCGACCACCGCGCGCCGAUCGCCGAAUCGCCGGGCGGUUUACAACACGGUUGCGUAUCUACAGGUAUACGGUUGAAAAUAUCGAUGGUGUUUGAAAAUAUUUUCAAACUAAACUGUUAUUAGUUGUUAAAUACGUCAAAUCUCAGGAAGCCCUAGUGUCGCCUUAACCUUUUUCACCACUGUUAUACAUUAAACAAUUACUUCUAAACACUUCUGUCCGCUCGACCGUAUGUCAAUGUGACCGAAUUUUUGCUAAUUGCGUUUUUAUUUACAUAUUUUCAAAGUAAUAUUUUGUUCAAACGUCGUCAUUUUUGUACUUCGAAAUGGGUCGAGCAGCAUAUAAAUGCUGUGUGCAGAACUGUUCAUUUAAAGAUGGUGUAUCUCAUAGAUUUCCAAACCCCAAAAUAUACGUGGAUAUUAUGAAAGAGUGGAUCAAAGCCAUUGGGCUAGAAUUUUUCUAUGGGUUGGAUCCAGAAACUAUUUAUUAUACCAAACGAAUUUGUUCCAACCAUUUUACUUCUAGUGAUUAUAGUACAGGAUCAAAAAGGCUGAAAAAAAAUAGUAUUCCCACUGUAAAUCUCUCAAGUCCCACAGACCGCUUUUCACCCAAUUUAAGUAUCCAGCAAAGUAAAGAAGCAGAUUGUUCUACCAAGGCUGUCAUAGACGUCAGGGUUAAUGAGUUUGGUGACAAAGAAUCUCCCAAGUUCCAGGCAUGUUCAUAUGCCGGAAAACGCGGACGAUCCAAAACAGACAAAUUGGAAGUUUUGAUAGCCUAGAGAGUAAAAGAUCAAAACACAAUUAUAGAGACCAUUGAAAAACAACAAAUAGUUCUUUAAUAUAUUAAACAUGCAUUAUAAUAUUAUAAAUCGACGGUAUUUUGUUAUUCUGUAGGGGCGUUUUUACCACCAAAAAUCGAAAAAUACGUUUUUGGUAUCAACAUUUUCAGAAAAAUCACAAAAAUAAUCUGAUAAAACGGUGUGUACAUCUACGAAAAAAAUAAGAUAACAAUACCGAGAACAAUAUAUCUAAACGCCCUUUUAAAAAUUAAAAUAAUCUACACAGAACUGUUGAAAGCGCUUAUACCACAUCUAAUGUAUGUUAAUU